GAAAACACGAUACCAUUCAGUAAUGAUCGUGGAGCGACGCACGCGCACGCGUCUUCACGAAUUGCUCGCACACGUAUUUAUUUAAAUAUUACAUUGAUGUAACUCAUCAUAUAAAUUGAAUCACUAAGUUUGUAACUGAACAUGACGUUCCUGAUGAGAAAGUGUGCGUUGACCGCAAGAAAUGUGAACCGGUUUCGCAAGUUAUACGCUUUAGUGAACAUUGAAAGCCAUCGAUUCUUCAGCAUCGAUACAAAUAAUUCAAAAUCCUAUAUUACUGGAGUGCAUCAAACAUCGAGUCAAUUUCACACGAGUCAACCUAGCAACGGAAUAGUCGCUUUCAAGUUGUCUGACAUUGGAGAAGGAAUCCGCGAAGUGGUCAUUAAAGAAUGGUUUGUAAAAGUGGGCGACAAUGUGCAGCAGUUCGACAACAUCUGCGAGGUGCAGAGUGACAAAGCGGCAGUAACCAUCACCAGCCGAUACGACGGAGUGGUGAAGCGGCUGCACUAUGCCGUUGACCAGACUGCGUUGGUCGGGAACCCCCUCGUUGAUAUUGAAGUAGAUAACGUGAGCGAAGAAGAUGCGUCAUCAGAAUCCAGCGCAGAAAUAAGUGCAAAACCGACACCGUCAAAAACCAGCUCAAGCCAAAGAGUUAAAGUGUUAACCACACCAGCUGUAAGAAGAAUAGCUGCUCAAUUUGAUGUAGACUUAAGCACGGUUAAAGCAACUGGAAGAAAUGGCAGAGUAUUAAAAGAAGACGUUUUAUCACACCUUAACAUCAGCGCAGAUAGAUCUAAUGAAAUAUCAGACGCAUCGACGGUCAUAGCUGCGGCAAUACCAAUCUUGCAAGCCCAUGCGAAGACUGAGCUGUUGUUAGAAGACAGCAUCGUGCCGAUUUCUGGAUUUACAAGGGCUAUGGUUAAAUCAAUGACCGAAGCGAUGAAAAUCCCCCACUUCGGUUUAAGCGACGAGUACGAAGUGACAAAACUAGUCGAGACUCGAGAAUCGCUCAAGAAGUUGGCACAAGAGAAAGGCAUAAAGCUGACUUAUAUGCCUAUCAUCCUGAAGGCUGCCUCACUGAGUCUCAGUUCAUUCCCAAUAUUAAACAGCAGCCUGGACAAUUCUUGUGAACAUCUCAUAUACAAAGCUAGUCACAAUAUAGGAGUGGCAAUGGAUACGCCAAACGGACUUGUCGUUCCAGUGAUCAAGAAUGUACAAAACAAGAGUAUAUUGGAAAUAGCGCGCGAGUUAAAUAAUCUUCAGGAAAAGGGAAGAAACGGGCAGCUUGGAUUAGGUGAUUUGAGUGGAGGAACCUUUUCUAUCUCUAAUAUCGGAAACAUUGGAGGAACCUACACUAGUCCUAUCAUUCUUCCACCACAGGUCGCAAUAGGAGCCCUAGGCAAAAUUCAAGUACUUCCAAGGUUCAACUCCAAUGGAGAAGUGGUCAAGAGCCACGUACUAACAGUGAGCUGGUCGGCAGAUCACCGAGUCAUUGAUGGAGUGACAAUCACGCGAUUCUCAAACCACUUGAAAAGAUAUCUCGAAAAUCCCUCCACCCUUCUUUUAGAUCUGUAACUAAAUAUUAUUAAAAUACGCAUUAUAUGGGUCAA